UUCUGGUCAGCUGAUGCGCGCGACACAGAGGAUCCAGAGGCGAGAGGAGUGCAAUUUCAUCCGUUUAAACCCUACUUUCUGCCUAUAGUGCAUUGGGUAGAGAGCAGUGCAUUAUGGGGGAGCUGUUCCGUAGUGAGGAGAUGACACUGGCCCAGCUCUUCCUCCAAUCUGAGUCGGCCUACUGCUGUGUCAGUGAGCUGGGAGAGAUCGGCAUGGUGCAGUUCAGAGAUUUAAACCCAGAUGUGAACGUUUUCCAGAGGAAGUUUGUAAAUGAAGUCCGUCGUUGUGAGGAGAUGGACCGCAAAUUAAGAUUUGUUGAGAAGGAAAUAAAAAAGGCCAACAUACCUGUUGUAGACACAGGGGAGAACCCAGAGGUCCCUUUUCCACGAGACAUGAUCGACUUGGAGGCCACCUUCGAAAAACUGGAGAAUGAGCUGAAGGAGAUCAACACCAACCAGGAGGCCCUGAAGAAGAACUUCCUGGAGCUGACGGAGCUCAAGCACAUCCUCAGACGAACGCAGCAGUUCUUUGAUGAGAUUGAAAGGCCAUUCUCUGAAUUCCUGGUCACACCUCAGCCACUGAUGAUGAUGUCAAAUUGCCCUUCCCAAGACCAGUUCUGCAAGAUGGAAGAUCCUGCACUUUUGGAAGAGUCGUCAACUUUAAUCGACCCAAAUGAGGUUGGACGUACACCUCUUAGACUUGGGUUUGUUGCAGGCGUGAUAGGCAGAGAGAGAAUCCCCACCUUUGAGAGGAUGCUGUGGAGAGUCUGCCGUGGCAACGUCUUCCUGCGGCAGGCAGACAUUGAAGACCCACUUGAGGACCCCACCACAGGAGACCAUGUGCACAAGUCAGUGUUCAUCAUUUUCUUCCAGGGAGACCAGCUGAAGAACAGAGUGAAGAAGAUUUGUGAAGGGUUUCGGGCAUCUCUGUACCCCUGUCCAGAGACCCCUCAAGAGAGGAAAGAAAUGGCAGCUGGAGUGAACACUCGCAUUGAUGACCUCCAGAUGGUGCUUAAUCAGACAGAAGAUCACAGGCAGCGAGUGCUGCAGGCGGCUACUAAGACUGUACGUGUGUGGUUCAUCAAAGUGAGGAAGAUGAAAGCCAUUUAUCAUACUUUGAACCUCUGCAACAUCGAUGUCACUCAGAAGUGUCUGAUCGCUGAGAUCUGGUGUCCUGUCUCGGAUCUGGACUCUAUUCAGUUUGCUCUCCGCCGGGGCACGGAGAGAAGUGGAUCCAAUGUUCCCUCCAUCCUGAACAGAAUGCAGACCAAACAGACCCCACCCACUUACAACAAAACCAAUAAAUUCACCUCUGGCUUUCAAAGCAUCGUUGAUGCCUAUGGCAUUGGCAACUACCGGGAAAUCAACCCAGCUCCAUACACCAUCAUCACCUUCCCCUUUCUGUUUGCGGUCAUGUUUGGGGAUCUGGGUCAUGGUGUCCUCAUGACCUGUGCUGCACUUUAUCUGGUCCUGCGAGAGAGACGAUUAAUUUCCCAGAAAAAUGACAAUGAGAUGUUUACCAUGGUGUUUGCAGGCCGUUAUAUUAUUCUCCUGAUGGGAGUAUUUUCGGUGUAUACUGGAAUAAUAUAUAACGAUUGUUUCUCCAAAUCUCUCAAUGUCUUCGGCUCGGGCUGGAGUGUCAGACCCAUGUUUAGAGAUGGAGGAGCCAACUGGACGUUUAAGACUUUGGAAGAUAACAGGAUUUUACAGUUGGACCCUGCUGAGCCGGGAGUGUUUGGUGGACCUUAUCCCAUUGGCAUUGACCCAAUCUGGAAUAUUGCCACCAACAAGCUGACAUUUCUGAACUCCUUCAAGAUGAAAAUGUCAAUAAUACUUGGAGUUAUCCACAUGCUGUUUGGAGUCAUGCUCAGUCUCUUCAAUCACCUGUACUUCAAGAAGCCUCUGAACAUCUUCCUGGGUUUUAUUCCUGAGAUUGUUUUCAUGAGCAGUCUGUUUGGCUACCUGGUUUUGCUUGUCUUCUAUAAAUGGAUGGCCUAUGAUGCCAAGACCUCUAAAGAUGCACCCAGUCUUCUUAUAGCCUUCAUUAACAUGUUCCUCUUCAACUACAAUGAUCCGACCAACAAGCCAUUAUACAGAGGACAGAUGGGAAUUCAGUGUUUGUUAGUUGUUGUAGCUAUCGCCUGUGUGCCAUGUAUGCUUAUAAUAAAGACGCUAGUAAUGCGCAGGCAGUACCUCUGGAGAAAGCAUCUGGGAACACAAAACUUUGGGGGAAUUCGUGUGGGUAACGGCCCCACAGAGGAUGAAACUGAGAUCAUUCAACAUGAUCAGCUUGCAGAAAACUUUGAAGAAGAGCCUGAGCAAUCCGAGGAGGAAGUGUUUAAUUUUGCUGAUGUAGCAGUGCAUCAAGCCAUUCACACUAUAGAAUAUUGCUUGGGCUGCAUCUCAAACACUGCAUCUUAUCUACGGCUUUGGGCGCUGAGCCUGGCCCAUGCGCAGCUCUCUGAAGUCUUAUGGACAAUGGUGAUGCACAUUGGCCUGGCCUCUAGAAAUUUUGGUGGAUUCUUUGGUCUGUCAAUCAUCUUUGCCGUCUUUGCUACACUGACUGUGUUUAUUCUAUUGAUCAUGGAAGGACUGUCUGCCUUCCUGCAUGCUCUUAGAUUGCACUGGGUUGAGUUCCAGAAUAAAUUCUACACUGGACAGGGCUUCAAAUUCAUGCCUUUCACUUUCGACAGCAUUCUGGAGGGCAAGUCCGAAGACUAAACCACACCCACUUUCUCUCAACUGCCACACCUUCAGACUAAAGGAGCCAAUCAGAAUAAGUGUCAGAUUUUAUGUUUUGUGCAAACACAGUGAUAAAAAUCUACAUUGACUUUGUAAGGCUUUAAAUUUCUCAGGUGUUCUACAUAGGGACAUAAAUAGAAUACAUUUACAAAUAAAUUAGAUGUGUAUUGUAGAAGCUGAGUUAAAAAAUAAUUUAAGCAACAAUUGCAUAACAUAUUCACAAUGAUUUCAUAACUCUUAAAUUAUUUAAGAGAGACAUGUUUUCAUACAUAAUCAAGUGAUGUACCAUAGAGCACACAGGAGUACAAACAGCAUUAUAUGUGUAUUGCUAUAAGUUAUGAAGAAGAUGCAGAUCUCAUAGAUGUCUCAAAUUUGUACAAACCCUUAAAUUAAGGCUUGACAAAAAUAUAGUUACAUUUAUCACUGUUUCCUACCCAUCAUAGCAUUGGUGGAGUUUUUGUCUGUUUCUGAUAUUUUUUCCAGUGUCUUAAAUUAUUAGUUCUGUUUUUUAUGUAUCUUUUAUCCUUUAUGUUGUACCUGAACACUUCUGUAAAAACAGAUCUCAUACAAAGGGACCUCAUUUCAAAUGCUGCAAAGCAAGCUUCAGAACAUUUGACAUAUGCUUAAUGAGAAAGCUUAUAACCUAUCUAAAUAAAUCCUACAGAUAAUCCCACAGAGUUACCUGAUUUAUCACAGAUCUAUAAUCUUGUUUCAUUCCGUCACAAACGUAAUAUAAGAGUAAAUUUUUAGUUGGGCUUGAACUGUAUUGCUGUUUUAUUGUUGUAUUUUGCUGUUGUGUUUGGAUAAUGCAAGUCAAAUCUAUAUCUGGAUGCUUUUCUAAUCUUCAUAUUAAUCUGUUCGUUGCAUUGCUCAGUUUCUUAUUUAUUUGUUUGAUUUACAUCAUUCCCAUGCAUUUCCUCUGGGAAAAAAAAAUGUGUUGGUUUGUUAGUUAUCACCGGCAGUCCCUUUAGUCUUUGAGAAAUUAAGUAUACCAAGUAAAGGCAGUCAGUGAAACUUAGUAAAUAUAGCUGUUUUGUUUGGCAAUAAAAGGAAGGAGUUGAUCUGAUCAUAUGGUUUUGAUUUCCUUUUUCACAUAUGUGAGAAGAGAGCUGUGAAUAAUGUCUAAUACAAUAUUAUGUUAAGAUUAUUGUUGAUAUAAUAAUUUUAUUAUAUUUAUAAAAUAUUGUGCAUAACAAAUAAAUAUUAAUUUUUU